UUUCGUGCUUCAUGUGAUUCAAUUUGUGAUUCUCUGCAACGUACAGUCCUUGCUAGUGUCUUAUAUGCCAUUUUAUUUUGAAUUUUUGCUUGUUGCUGGAAACUUAUGAGAAAAUCCAAAUUAUAUCCAGGAAAUGGCGAAAAUGGACAACGCCAACUUUGGCUACGCAUAUCAAUUACCAUCCGGAGGCUGGACCUUAAGGAUACGAAACAUUUUAUCACAAUUUAGCGAUAUUUUCAGCGAAUUCGAUAAAUACAUCGCUCCGGCUUAUCACCAUGACAGAUGCGAAAGAUCUGUUCAGAUGCGACUGUACACAAUGCAUAAAAGAGAAUUUGUAAUGGUUUUUCUAGCAUUUUUUGCCUGUUUUGGCUUAGGAAUAUUCGUGGGGAUCACAGGUCCCCCAAUAACUAGUACUGUGGAAUUGGAUGGAAAAUCCUUGUUGCCAAAGGAUAACCAGAAUCACACAAAUAAAAAGGACAUUGCCACUGGGCCAUUUACAAUGAGGACUCCCCCAAUGACAACAUAUUCACAACAGUUGUGGGUCAUCGCAAAAUUGUCCACGGAAAAUAUUGAUGGGGAAAUUAUUGAUAAAAUUUUCCACGUGGCAAUUUCCAUACAAGGUUUAAACGCAGAACAUAAACCUGUGUCGAUCCUCGAUCCUAGUAAUGCUAAUAAUAGAACGAGACAUUUAAAAUGUGAGAAACAAACUUGUGAUGAAUUUAUAGUAUUACAUUUAGGCUAUUUGGAUUAUACACACUAUAUUAUAACAGUAAACUUUUAUGGACUAGAAUUGUUUCACAAAAGAAACAACAUAAACGAAUUGUUCUUUUACUUUAAAACCUACAAUCCUGGCUUUACCCAGAUUGAAAUAUGGUUUAGGUUCAUCUUUUUGAUAUCGACUUUUGGGAUAACAUGGUGGUUUGCCCAUACGUUGCGAAAGUACGCUAUGUACGAUUGGUCAAUUGAACAAAAAUGGAUGUCAGUACUUUUGCCACUAUUAAUGGCUUAUAACAAUCCGAUUUUUCCUAUGUCGUUUUUGUGUAAUUCCUGGAUACCGGGAAUGAUCGAUGCAAUUGCACAAGCCACGUUUUUGUGUGCGUUGUUGCUAUUUUGGCUGUGUAUUUAUCACGGAUUAAGACAGAAUGAGAGGAAUUUGAUAACUUUUUAUCUGCCAAAGCUGUUUACCGUAGCAAUGUUAUGGUUUCCUGCAAUUAUAUUGUCCACUUGGCAAAGAUAUAACGAACUUCAGGAUCCAACUUAUAACCAUACUAUUGAUACAUCCAAUUUUUAUAUUGUGAAGGCCUUUUUCUUCAUAUUUGGAGUAAUUUACCUAGUAUACUUACUACUUUUAAUUGUUAGAGCCUACAGCGAAUUAAGAUCCAUGCCAUUUUUUGGAUUGAGAUUGAAAUUUUUAACACUACUUAUGCUUGUGGUGAUAGUUAUAAGUUGCAUUAUAACUGUGCUGCGUUUCGGGGUCGGUGUUCUCGAAGAUAAUUUCGUGGCACAGCUUUCAACCCACUAUAACAGCUCAGCGCAGUUCAUGUCCUUCUACGGACUACUCAACUUCUAUCUCUACACAAUGGCGUACGUUUACAGUCCAACAAAUAAAAAUGUCCACGGUAAGCUCCCAUUUAAAAUAUUCGCAGAUUGUACUAAUGUAUAUUUUGCAGAAUUUGGUAUCACCAAAGAUAAUCCUGCCUUUUCAAUGAUUAACGACUCGGACGAGGAUGUGAUCUACGGUUCGGACGACGAAAGUCGAAGGCCCUUGAACAGAACGAGGAACGACGACGACAGUGACUGAUUAAAAAGUAUUAAUAACAAUAUUUGUUGUAUUGUUGAUGAAACUCACUGACUUGUAUCAAGUUUACUAUGUUGUUUGUUCAGCCGUUGAAUGUUAAGGGGGCUGGUUUCAGUAGGUGUAGUAAAUAGGGAUGUUUUAGCAGUUAAAUCGAUGUUUAAUAAUUCUGCGUUACUUCACUGUUUAUUAAGUCGCUGAAGACCAGUCUUCAACGAAGUUAAGCAACUGAAUGUCAAUAUUGAAGAUGUAGAACUACGCGUACCUAAUAUUCAGGUACUGUCCUUUCUUCCGUUCGAUGAGAUUAUAAUAAAAUAUUUUAAAGUUUUA